AAAUAACUGUGUCGCCAUUUUCAUUUCUGUUGUUAUUCACUCGCCUGAUGCUCGUUUGAUUAGUACGAUAGAUUGUAUUCUGUUAAAUAAGGAAUUGUUUGAUUGUAGGUGAACUGUGAUUUUUUUAUUCACCCCUCAAUUAUCUCACAUGAACCAGUGCCACGAAGGAAGGAAAUUUUGUUUGAUGGUAUUAUCCCGGACAGUUGAAGAACGACGUGAAAACAAAGCCAACUUUUCAUUUUUGGUGAAAUCACUUUAAAAGUGAAUGCAGAUCAUAUCCAUGCCUAAAGAUGGUGAUAAGAUCCAUCCUCGACGAGCCGUUUCUAUAAUGAGCUCCGAGGAGGUUAAAUCAGGGAAAAAGUCACAUUGGGAAGAACUUGAUAUUAAAGGUCCUGUGAGAAAUCUAUCUCCAGCAAUAUGGAAAUUGUCUCAUUUAACGAGUCUAUUUCUUAAUGACAAUCAACUACAGAGGAUUCCUCCUGAUAUAUCAAGGUUAAGGAAUUUAUUCUUGCUCGAUCUUUCAUCAAAUAAACUGAGAAGUCUUCCAGCGGAACUUGGUGAUCUAUACAAUCUCAGGGAGUUGCUUUUAAAUAACAAUUGCUUGAGGUCUCUCCCUUAUGAGCUCGGAAAACUAUUUCAACUUCAUUGCCUCGGACUCAUUGGCAAUCCUCUAUCACCAGAUAUCAUGACAAUGUAUAAUAAAGGGACACCACGUCUGUUAACCUACUUUCUUGACAACCUUGCAUUAACCACCCCGGAACCCCCAGAAAGACAGUGGAUAAAAAUCUCCGACCCAGAAAACACCGGUAGCCCGACAGCAAUAUUUUCUGUUAUGUCAUAUAACAUCCUAUGUGACAAGUAUGCGACUAGACAGAUGUAUGGAUAUUGUCCACCUUGGGCUCUCAAUUGGGAAUACAGAAGAAAUAUAAUUUUUAAAGAAAUUUUGCAUUAUAAUGCUGAUAUCAUAUCUCUGCAGGAGGUGGAAACCUGUGAAUAUAACAAUUUCUUUGUGCCAGAACUCAAAAUGCAUGGUUAUGAAGGAGUUUUUAGUCCGAAAUCUCGGGCUAAACAUAUGAUCGAAGAUGAUAAACGACAUGUUGAUGGUUGUGCAAUAUUUUGGAAAACAAGCAAAUUCACUCUGAUUAAAGAGCAUUUGAUUGAAUUUAAUCAAAUUGCAAUGGAAAAUAAUGAAGGCUCGGAACAUAUGCUUAACAGAGUGACAACCAAAGACAAUAUCGGAAUCGCUGUUCUGUUGCAAACUAACGAUGGAUUAUUUGAACCUCCCCAAGGUGGAUUCAGCCAACAAAAUCCAAAACAGCAUAUGCUGGCUGCAACAGCUCAUAUGCAUUGGGAUCCAGAAUUUAGCGAUGUCAAAUUGAUUCAAACUGUUAUAUUCUGUCACGAAUUGAAGAGGAUUUGUGACGAAUCGACGCAAAGUUUACGUCCCAGAACAAUUUCAGGAGCCCCUUCGUCCCCAGAAAUUCCUCAAAUGCCAAUGAUUGUAUGUGGUGACCUCAACUCUUUGCCAGAAUCAGGUGUUGUUGAAUACUUGACGUCCGGUAAAGUUUCGACAAGUCAUGAAGAUUUCAGGGAUUUGAAAUAUACUAAGACUCUGAGCAAUUUCAGCCAUAGACUACGUGAAAUUGAUGGACAGGAUGAUCCAAACAUUAUCACCCAUCCAUUCAAAUUAAAUUCAUCAUAUGACGACAACACAAGACACUGCCUCGAGUAUUCAAACCAUACAUUUGAGUUUAAGGGUAUUAUUGACUACAUUUUCUAUACUCGAUCUCAAAUGAGAAAUCUCGCCGUGUUGAGUGGUAUUGACAGCAAUUGGUUUAUCGAAAAUAACAUCCUCGGAUGCCCUCAUCCCAACAUUCCUUCUGAUCACAUACCCCUCGUAUCUGAGUAUCAAUUGUUUCCACCCAACUACCAACCCCAAUCUCCAUCUCCUCCCAACGCACUCGGUUCCCAAUACCCCAUGUCAAUGCAGCAUUCUCACCGUGGCAACUCGUCACCCUCGUUUCAUCACCUCAACAGCCACAUGCCUUUCCAGCACAGUGGGAUGGCCAAUGGAUAUCAUCCACUUUUUUCCAACAGUCAUUCCCACCAAUCUAGGGGAUUCGGAGGGCCCCGACGUUCGAGCCCCAUUACCAACAGCAAUUCAACACCGCCCAUUGGAAUGGGUUCACUCAGCAUGCCCAUGAAUGGCAGAAGGUAGUUCGUUGCCAACAGUUCUUUACGACUUCGUGAUUCAUUUUAAAACGGAACUUUGCACUGAUAAAGAAGAAGAAGAAGAUAUUAUAGUGGAAUAGACUACUGGAUGAAUACGUUUAAAACAGCUUUUUGGCUCGAUAUUUCAGACUUUAAUCAGCGAGCAAGUUUCUAUAAUCUACAUGUAAUAGCUUAGAUUUUUAGCCCAAUAACAAGCCCUUUUUUCAUUGGCUUCUCAAUGCUGUGAUGGAAAAAGAAGAAAUGAUCCCAAGACAAAACUGGACUAAACGAAACUUGUGUUGUAGAAACAAUAUUUUUCAUGUUUUUAUUACCCAAGGACAUGUCAUAGUACAUAUAUCACCUUUUUGUGAGAUCAGGCAGUCUUUAAGAAACUAUUUUUGAUGUUAACGAUGAAUUUUCCAGUCGAAAGUUAUUCAACACCUAAUCAGUUUGUACCUCCUUGUUUAAAAUAUAUCUGAAUAUGUAGAUGUCGAUCUAUAGGCGUGAGAUUGAGGGUAUAUGAUUUUUUUCCACAUUGGAUGAACAAAUUAUAUUCCUAAUUGUAGUUCAUUCUUGCCUUUGGGGUGUUUUCCUAUAUUUAGCUUUUGGCUCAUGAUUUUAAUUCUGUUUAUGACAUCAUUUUAAUGAGAGUUACAUUUUAGUAGAAAAGGUACAUAUUUACUCACUUUUUACCGAUUGAUUUGUCAUUUUGUCCACCUCCAUCGCUGUGUCGCAAGUGCAUCAGUGCAUUAACAAUAAAAUCAUGAAAUUUUUGAAGAAAUGCACUCUGUUAUGGUGCGCUGUGUACUGUUCUCUGUCAAAUUUGUUCGUUAUCGAUUCUGUUUUUCUUUAAUCGAUUUUGAGAAUUGAUAUGAUGAACCUAGUUUUAUGACUAUUACUACUACUUUUCUUCUGCCGUAUUAUUAUUUUCUAUUUUUACUUGUGUGAACGCGGGUCGUUUGUCUGUGUGUGUGUGUGUGUCUUGUGUGAUGUCCCAGUCACAAGCUCGUUGUCAUGGUAAUCACAAGUACAUGAUGAUCAAUUUUGUGGUUGAUUCCAAAAUAUAACUUAUCAUCAUUUCUGAAAAGUUCCCGAUUGUGUGAUUAUAUGCAUUUGAGCCGUUGAAUUGCUUAUCAAACCUCCAUAUACUUGAGGUUUUAAUAAUAUAUUAAACAACUUUGAAUUAUUGAUAUAUAUGUAUGAUGAUUAUUCUGUUAGAUUCUGCGAUUUCGAAAUGCUUAAAUUUUUUUUUCAAGUUCGCUGGUAUUCCAUCUAAAUUUUUCAGACCUUGUUUAAAAUCAUUUUUGCACGCCAUGGAGUAGUGGCAUUAUGCAAAAUUACAUUAAAAUCAGAAAACUUCAUUGCUAGGCAUCUUCCACCAAAAAAUAUUCAAAAUCAGUGUAUGAUUAAAUAUUUUAUUUCACCUACAUAAUAAUCAAAACUGAUGUCAAAGUAUGUGAUGAAUUGAGGUUCUUUUUUAAUCUUGUGGUGUAAAGGUAUCGCUUCUGAAGAUGACAUAAUAUGGUCAUUUAAUUUUCUCAUUUUAAGUAGCGAAGACGAAUGUUUAAUAGUGAAAUUUUCGUUGUUUUGUCGUAGAAUAUUGUGUUUGUAUUUCGAAAAGGUGUAAAAAUGUUUACCGCUAUUUGGUGCCAAACGAAAAUGUGUACCAAGUUAUUAAUUAGAGAGAGGUUAUUUUUUGGUAUCAACUUAUAGUUUAUUUAGAUUUGGGGGGUCUCAUGGUCCACACAGAAUUUUCAAAUAAAAUUGAAUUUCUUAUGUUCCAGGUAUAAAUGUUUUCAUGAGUACCGGUAACUCUAGAUUUUACUUAGUCUAUAGAAUUUUCAGAAAGACUUGUUUUCAAUUCCGUUUCUCUGUCUAAGGAUUUAAUUAUAAUCACAAUUGUAAUACAGAGAGACUACUCCUCAGCCAUGAAUCACAUUCACGGUGACGUUUGCUUUUUUAUGAAUUUAUGUUAUAAAACAAAGUUACCAUUUUAUUUGGAAAAAAUGUCGGCAAAAAUGCUCAACUUCAAAUUUUUGCUUAUUACAUUUAUGCGAUUGUCAUGUGGGAACUCUUAUAUCAGUUUGACCCAACAAUAUUCGAAAUUUGAGCUCUCAGAAUUUUUUUUCAAAACUUUGGUCUUUAACCAGAUAAAAUCUGCCUUAUUCAACCUCUCUCGCAAGGUAUUUCCAAUACGAUGGUUGUAUUUUUUGUACUUUGGUUGUUUGCACUUCAACUUGACCCUCUCGCAUGUUUUUGCAUUUUUUAUUGUUUUGAGAAUUUUCAUAUUGAACGCAACUCUUAUCUCUUGUUUCGUAUUAUUGAUUUUUUUCCGCUUUUAUAAAAGUAAUGCUCGGUACCAUGAACUAUUAUUUCAAGAUUUUAGCAUGUAACACAUAAAUCUUCAAUCAUUUAUAAAAAUAUGAUUAAACCGAACAAAAUUGUAAAAAAUAAGGAUGUGAGACUGAUAGCUAGUAUAUCAGAAAUGCUAAAGUCUAUUUUGAUUCAAAACAUGUUGCUGUCAAUGUAUCUUAUUUUGGAAAAUGUUCAAAAAUUUUGUCAGAUUUCAAGUAAUCCAAAUUUAUGAUUUAUGCGGUGACAUUUUGUACUUGUAGCAUUUGCUACACAAAGCUAUAUUAUAAUUUUGGAUAAGUUUUGAAUAGCUUGAUUUGAAGUUUUUGGUUAAAAAAUGAAAUCUUUAGGACAUCCGUACAGGUUAAUUGGUACUGUGAAAAAAUUAGUUCAAUGUGAAUAAACUUUCAAAUCAGAAUACAUAUUUUUUUAGUCUAAUAAGCUAACAGAUUGUUUGAAAGGAACAAUGUAGUUUUACAUGCUUGUAUCUCAAUUGAUAAAUUAAUUUUAAUACUGAUGGUGUGGUCUCGAACGUUUUUGAAAUUAUGUUUUUACAAAAAAGUUGUAUUCUAAUGUCUGUAAUUUUAAUGUAACUGAUAAAAACUAAAGUGCAAUAUUCUUAUCACAAUUUUGAUGAUCUUUUUAAGAAAUAAUAGAAAUUCGAUUAGUCAGAAAUAAUCCCAUAAUUUAUAGUGUGAAAUGCACUAUUAACACCAUACAUGCGCUGUUUAUAUGUGUUUAGAAUUUUUUUCUAGAUACAUUAAUGAAAGUAAACUGAAUUAGAAUGAUUAUCACCGGUAUUUUGCAUGUUUUGUCUUUUUGGUAAUCAAUCACUCGUUUUGAUGGAAUUACCUUUUCUUCAUUAUAGUGACCAAAAUGUUGCAAAUUUAUUGAACAAUCAUUUUUUUUUCUGAUGCACCAAGAUUGUUUUUAUCUCGCUCUCUCUUAUCUUGUAGAGAGAGUUCUGUUUCAGAUUUGAUCCUGCGUUAAAAAAGUGUUUUAUUUUGAUUGUUUUAUGAUUCUGGAAUCACUGAUUCAAUGAUGUUGCCCAAGAAAGUAUUAGACCGAGGAUGGAUUUUCAUUUUGAAUUACUUGCAACAUUAAUUUUUCAAUCCCAAAUUUUAUGUCAUAAAACUCCAGAAUAAUUCAGUAAAAACAUCCCGAAAAUUUGACACAAAAUCUCAAAGUAUAUAUUUCAAUCAAGUUUUGGCCUAUGGUUAAUACUUUCUUGAGUCAUUUAACUUUUGAUGAUUUUAAAAUUCUAAUGAUGAUGUUCCACUGUAUGUUAUGCAAAUUGCAUUUUUACUUCUCUUCGGAGAAUUUUUAUCACUCAAUUUAAGAAAUAUUACGAAACCCAGAGCUAUGAAUUGCGCUUAUUGUGAUAAUUUAAAACUGAAUUUAAAUUGCUUCAACUUCAUGCUUUCAGGUAUUAACUAUAUAUUUUAUUGAAAAAUGUCGUAACUUAUAACUAAUAAUGCAAAACUACUGAGAGGUAUUUGAGUUUUUAAAGCCAAAAUUGGUGGUUUCAGUUUUAACUCUGCUACCUCAUGCCCACCCUCUUCGUGUGUUUUAUCAGAGCAUUCUAUCAUUUGGUAGUGAUAGUAGAUAGAGGUUUUUAGUCGAUGUUUCAAGGUUUUUUUUGUCCCUCGUAGAUCUUGACAAUCAGUAAAUAAAGAACUAUUCUUUCAGGUUGCCAACCAUGGGCAUUUGUGAGUCUCUCUUUUUAAUCAUGCAUUAACCAUGGAUUGUUUCAGAUUGAGUUUAUGUCAAAUACGAAUUCUCUCAGUAAAUUUUCAUAAAUGUUUAACAUAACUCCAUAUUGCUAUUAUUUUUCGAUAUUUUUACACCACAAUUUUAACUUUGUUGCCAUCUGUUAACUUAUCCAUAUACGUGUGCGUAUAUAUGUGUUUUCAUGUGUGUGUGUGCGUCAAUGUUUCCAAACGACCCCGUUUUACUUUUUCUUACUCUUUGUAUUAUGUUUCUCCGUUGGGGGAGAUAAAUUUUUACUAUUAUCGUCUUUGUCUCACUUGAUAUUUUAUAGAAAAGAAAUAAUAAUGUCAUGUGACUGCUGCACAUAAAAAUUA